AUGAACGACAAACCGAGUGGAUCACCAAUAACACCGCCAGUAGGUGUCGUGUCUUGGGAUAUAGCUGGCGUUACCUUAGGAAGCGCGGCUCGCCUGCUCUUGUUUAUGCGACUGUCUGUUGACUUCCGCUGGAGUACUCGAAUAGGCUUUGCUGAAAGUCAUUUGGCCGAUCUUUGGCGUGUAGAUGCACCCAGCUCGUCUAGUCAGCAUCAAGGAAGUACAUCGUCCGACACAAUGUCGAACCAGCCCUCUCCAACAUACACAGCAGGGGAGCCCGCGCACACAUCUAGCACAUACACCGGAAAUAAUUACUUGGUCAGGUCACCAAUGUAUUCUGCUUCUUCCGCUCGUCACCAACAGGCGCAGAACUUCAGUAGUCAGUCGCCACCAGCAAAUUCGGCGAUCUCUGCGACGCCAUACUCGCCUUUCUCGCCGCAAUACUCCUCAUUCUCGACACAUACAAACGGUAUUUCUCCCACGUAUGUUCCGCGAUCACAGAGACAAGGUUACACUUCGCCUUAUAUGCCAUCAUCACCGAAUUAUCCAGUGCCAAUGUCGUCGUUAUAUUCACCAUCGUCACCUACAUAUACUACUUUGAACUAUUUUAACAUUCCUUCUUCAACGGGAUUCCAUAGCACAAACACUUCGACCUACAUAAACGUGACCCCAUACGCGAAUGGUGUCUCCGUCAAUCCGAUAAGAUCCGGUCAGAUUGCUAUUCAAAGUCAGCCAUCGACUACCGCGAGACAGUUGCGUAAUUCACAUCAUCGAAAUCCACGAAAUUCUGUUGGAGAUUCCUCAAUGCUUGUGAUGCGAUAUUACAGACAGUUGACAAACGGCUGCUUAAGGAGAAAUUGUGUUAACCCAUAUUGCGCGUCUAAUUCAAAUUUUACGCGCUGUGACAAUCAUGAAGCCAUGGUUUUGGCUCAAUCGCUAGCGGCACAGGGUGAAUCACAUAUAUGUAAUAAUGCAAUGGACGACAAUUCAAAUGGAUCAACUAUGAGUAAACUUCUGGAUGAUGCCGAUAUCCCUACCCAUGAUACCCUCAAUUAUGCCAUAUUAGAAACACUAUAUAAUGAUUGUAAAGAACGGGGAGAUUACAGUGAUUUGUAUCGUAUUGUAUAUAAUGUAUUCAGCAACCACUCAAAGCUAGCCAACAGUUUUAAACAGAUGGAUCCUUAUUACAAAGAACAGUGCCCUCUGGAUAUUGAAGGAAUUGGCAAGAGUUACAAUCUCAUAGCAAAAGACUGCCCCGAUAAGAAAGGAAGCAAAACUCUGGUCACCGCGACAAUAGAAUUACUCGAACGAAUUAAGAGUAGUUAUGAGACAUUACAAAUAGAGACAUUGGCAUGUUUUAUCAUAAUAUUACGAAACCCACUGCUAAUGGACCCUGCUGAACAUGCUGAUGUCAUGCCAUUAUUGGUAGAGAUUAUUGCCGGACUACCAGAGAGUCGUAAAAAAAUUCUCUGUCAAUACUUUUUAGCAGAAAGACCAAGCAAAUCUAAGAGUUAUAAUGAGAAUAAAACCGAAUCAAUAAAAGGGAAUGAUGGCGAUGCAAAGGCAACUCUCAGAGAGGAUUUUCGGCAUUAUGUUAUUCUAUUCCAACAUUUUAUCACUUUACGUCUAUUGACUCGAGCGACAACUCCGAAUAAAGAUAAAGCUGUCAUGAACGCAACACGGUGUCUGAGCAUGUUUUACAAGUUAAACGAGGAGAGGGCAUUAUUACAUUUCUCGGAAUUUUACAAUGAUGCAGUCAACGAAACCAUCGAUAUUAAGGAUGAUUUUCCGCAUUUCAAGCAAAAAGAUGGGUUUUCGUUCUGUGACCAUCCUUUCAUUUUGACCCCAAUAAUAAAAGCAGACGUUUUAAAGAUAGAGAGUAUGGUACAAAUGCGUCAUGAACUGCAGGACUCAUUCUUUAGGGCAAUGUUUAUUGGGGUAAAUUCGCCCUACUUAAUUCUGGAAAUCCGAAGAGACCAUAUUAUAAGAGAUGCAUUGUAUCAGCUUGAAUCGAAGUCACCGCAAGAUCUAAAAAAACAGCUCAGAGUCCAAUUUGCAGGCGAAGACGGCGUAGAUGAAGGUGGUGUACAGAAGGAAUUCUUCCAGCUUGUAGUGCGAGAGAUGUUUGAUCAGAAAUAUGGCAUGUUCACGCAGAAUGAAGAAUCGAGAUUGUGUUGGUUCAAUCAGAAUCCAUUCGAUGAGUCAGCUCUUGACGAAUAUAAGUUGAUUGGAAGGUUACUAGGGUUAGCGAUAUAUAAUUCAGUUAUUUUGGAUGUUCAUUUUCCGGUAGUAUUGUAUCGGAAAUUGAAGGGGCAGCCUGCUACUCUGGCUGAUUUAAAGGAGUUGGACCCAUCAUUAGGUAAAGGAUUGGAGCAGUUAUUGGAAUUGGAGGAUGAUGUUGAGUCGACGUAUAACCGUACUUUCCAGAUUGAAUAUGAGUCGUUUGGACAUCGCAUUACUCACGAAUUGAAGGCUAGUGGAGCCCAUAUCAAAUUAACAAAUGAUAAUCGACAAGAAUUCGUCGACCUAUUUGUUGAUUUCUGGUUAAAUAAAUCCAUCACGAGACAAUUUAACGCUUUCAAAGAAGGGUUCGAUCUUGUUUGUGGCGGCAGUGCAAUUCAACUCUUCCGUCCAGAAGAGAUAGAACAAUUAAUGUGUGGUAGUCGUGAUCUGGAUUUUGAGGCACUGGAAAACGUAACGCAGUAUGAUGGCGGAUUCAACAAGAACUCGCAGGUUGUUAGGAACUUUUGGGAAAUAGUCCACGGAUUUACCGAAGAACAAAAAAAGCGGUUGCUCUUCUUUACGACCGGUAGCGACAGAGUUCCCAUAGGUGGUUUGAGCAAAUUACAGUUUGUGAUUGCCAAGAAUGGUGGUGAUUCAGAUAGGCUACCUACCUCGCAUACAUGUUACAAUGUGCUCUUAUUGUGUGAAUAUAGCUCAAAGGAGAAGCUAAAGGAACGUUUAUUGACCGCAAUAAGCAAUGCAGAAGGAUUUGGAAUGAUAUGA